AUGUCCAUGCCUAUCCGGCUUCCUGAUGGUUCUAUCAAAACUGUGGAACUAGAGUACGAGAAGCUAGAGAAACAUUGUUUCAACUGCUUUGAACUCUCUCAUGAAAAAAAGGACUGCCCUCUUCCUUUAGUCUCUAGAUCUCUCGGCAUUAAUCAACUUAAGGCGGCUCAACGUAUGGAUUCUGAACGCAGGCGCCAAGAAGAGAGAAGAGAGGACAGGCCGCCUCCUAGGCCUCUACCUGUGGGAAGCCGGGAGAACAGAGCUGCUAGUGGGGGAAGAAACAGAGGCCUCUCUUCCCCUAGGUAUCCCUUAGCUAGAGAUACCAGACGCUUCUCUCCAUCCCGUGAUUCUGGAGCUACUCACUCACAAAGGAAUCCCUCUCGCUCCAGGAGGGACGAGGUAGUCAGGCAUCGUUCUCGUUCUCCUGACCGUCAUUACUCUGUUUCUAGAGAUUUUACUCUUCAAGGUCAUAGACGCCAAUCUCCAAGGGACAUUGGGAGCGCCUACUCUGCUGAUUUUAGGCCCCACCAUCCUAGAGGAAGGGAGACCUCAAGGUCUGAUUCACGGCGCAGUCCACCAAGGCUUAGCCCUAUUCAUCGCAGCCCUCCUCGGAAACCUGACUAUGAGGUUGUUGCUCGAUCCGGUAGAUCUCACUAUUCUCAAUCGCCUCCACCUUGCCCUCCCCUACCCUGCCCCCCAAGUCUUCCGCCUCCUAGGCCUGCAGGGUUGGAAAUUGGUGAACCUUCCAGUCUUCCCCAUUCAAGAAGACCUGCCUUGGAAAGAAUCUCCCCACGAAUCACUCAUACAGCCUCCCUCCUCACUACUUCCAGGUUUGGUUCAGGGCACCUCCAAGAUGUGGAAAUUCAAUAUGCGGGAGAUAAUACUCAAGAUCUCCCUGGUGAUGUACAGAAUUCUUCGCUGGUUCCUGGUGAUCUCAGAAUUCACACUUCCCUCAGAUUGGGACCAAUUCCUCCAGCUGCUCCCUCAAAACCCAAAGGAGCCCCAAGGAAAAAAGCUCCUACUACUACCAAACCUAAGACCUCAGGGAGGAGAAAACCAGCUAAGGCCUCCCCUAGGAGACGUGUUGUCCGCAGCCCUCUCCAAGGAGUUAGUCUGAAAAAGCGCACCGUCACUAGACCAAAUGCCAAGAAGAAGCUUAAUGUGGAUCCUCCUGCCAAUGAGGCAGAUUUACCUGAGCGUCAGGAUACAGUGGACCAUGGUCAAACAAGAGCUCCACCAAUUAACAUUAUCCCAGCUAUCACCAAGAAGCACCAUCCGCAAACUGAUCCCAAGCUCAAGUAA